AUGCCCAAGAGAAAAAUUCCAUUGGAAGACCUAGACGUUGUCCAUAGUGAGCUACAUCGUGCUAGUCCUGAUAAUAAUGAUGAUGACGAUGAUGAUUAUGAGGAUGAUGAACCUCAACCGAGUUCAAAGAGAAGACAACUACAAAAAAGGCGAUCAAACGAGCAAAAUACACAAGAUGACAUAGACUAUCUAGAAGGAAGUAACAAUAGCAGCAGCAAUAACAAUAAUAAUGUACUUGGAUUACAUACUGAGGGAGAUAAGGCACAUGAUGUGAAUUAUGUUGUCAAAUUAAUAUUAACCAAGGAUGCUAGAGGCCAAAAUUUCCAAAAGCAGCACAUCAACCAAUAUCUCACCAACAAGAGGUUUAAGUCUGAUUUGUUAUUGGAUGAUGCGAUUGCUAUAUUGGAGAAUGUUUAUGGUUUAACUUUGGUUGAUGCUCCAACAAUUAAACAAGAAAAGAAAUUUCAGGCCGAUUUGAGUAAAAAACAAGCCAAGGAUGAAACGCGGAUUGAUGCAAAUGAUGGUAAUGGUAAAAAUGUUAAAAAGCAACCACCAAAGAAUAGAUUUUUCCUAACUAGCAAUCUACUGAAGCCAGCCCAAGAAGUCUUGGGAGAAUUGUGGAUGAAACCCAUUGAUAAAUCGUUAGACAUGAGUAAAAUUGGUGAUACGAGAUUCUUUUUACCGAGAUAUGGUAAAAGCAAAUUACCCAAGCUGAAUUCUGAAUUGGUAAAGACGGGAAUAAUGAUGCUUAUUACUACCCUUGUUGUGUUAUCGGAGAAUCACAUUAUGGAAUCACAAUUGAUUCGCAGUUUGAAAAGAUUUGGAAUAUCAGAGAGUGAGAAUUUCAAAAACACCAAUUUGAACAUGAAUUGGAAAGAGAUUUUGAAGGAGUUGGUGAGUCGAGACUACUUGAACCAAGUGCCCUUGGAUGCAAAAUCAUCUUCAACAACAACGACAACAUCGUCGUCUUCUUCUUCCAGUGAUAAGAUCUUUGCAAUAUCGUUAGGAAAGAGAAGUUUGAUUGAGUUUCCUCCACUGAGUGUUUAUGAAUACAUAAAGACGUUAUAUGGUUCUGAAUUCAAUGAAGUCAUAUCAUCUAGGACAAAAGUGACACUUGAGAGAGCAUACGGACUAGAUUGGAACGACGAAGAAGAAGAAGAGGGAGCAGAAGAAGAAGAUGACGGCCACGGGGCGAAAGAAGGGGUGCAGGGUGAGGUGGGGCCAGAGUAG